AUGUUCGCAGGACAAGUUUGGAAAGCCCGGGCAGGUCUCACUCUCCGUGUUUUUGCACGUCAUUUGACGGAUGGCAAACCUCGGACAAUUGAGCCUGUUUUCCAGUACGGUUCUGAUAGUUUUGUUGAGCGAGAUAUGCAAUUAGAGAAAUUGAGACUCAUUCCUCCGAGUCCAACGGUGUUUGCGAGAAACCCAUACCAUGAGAAUGUUAUGGAAUAUUUGCUCGAUAUGAUGAACAAAUAUGCUUCUCUCCCUUAUAGCAAGAAAAACUCCGAGAAGUCGGUUUGGUUAUCUUUUGAGGACUACAAGAGAAAGGGGAAUACUGCCAAAUGCAAACUGGCAGAGUACAAUAAGCUAAAACAGACCCUCGUUAGAUUAGACUCGAUAGAUCCACAACUUAGAAGUCCUGAUCUCGAGGAGGUUCUCGACUUUUUCAAAGUCCCUAAGACAAUGAGGGACGUGGAGAAGAAAAUAAAGGAAUUGGACAGUAAGGGAAGAGCUGUGGCUACUGGAGGAAGAAAAGAUUCGAGCGCAAAAGUCUAUGUUGUGGAAGGAGAGGGAACGAUUUUGGUCAACGGCUUACCAUUUGAUGAAAAGUUCAAGAACCUGAAAGACAGAACUAGAAUACUUUAUCCAUUACAAAUUGUUGAGUCUGAGACCAAGUAUAAUAUUUUUGCUCUCUCCAGAGGAGGCGGUAGCACAGGACAAGCAGACGCCGUGCGGUUGGCCAUCGCCAGGGCUCUUGUGAUUCACAACCCACUAUUCGAGGACAUUUUGCUCAAGGCAGGCUGCUUGUACAGAGAUCCGAGAUCGGUGGAGAGAAAGAAACCUGGUAAAUUGAAGGCAAGAAAGUCUCCAACCUGGGUCAAACGUUGA